GAAUCUGUCCCUGUAGCGUAGUAGCCUAGGGGUGUAUUCAUUACGCCGAUUCUGUUGCAAAACACCCCAGGCUACAGCUAGGCUACUUAUCAGUUUUCGACCAUGUUUCAUCUUUUUUUCCGUCUGCAUCCGACACAUCUGGAGCGGAGCAGACGUCGUUACGUAACGAUCCCUGCUGUGAACCCAUGCGCCGGAUGUGAUAACCGCUGUUGAUGCAGAAAGACAGCAACGGGAAAAGAUGCCUUUGCCUGUGCAAGUAUUCAACUUUCAGGGGGUUGUGGAGCCCAUGCAGAUAGAUGCUGACCCACAAGAGGACCAGCACAAUGCACCAGAUGUCAACUAUGUGGUGGAAAACCCCACGCUGGACCUGGAGCAGUAUGCGUCCAGCUACAGUGGUCUGAUGCGCAUUGAGAGGCUGCAGUUCAUAGCAGAGCACUGUCCCCAGCUCCGGGCUGAAGCCUUGAAGAUGGCCCUGUCCUUCGUCCACAGGACCUUCAACGUUGACGUGUACGAGGAGAUCCACCGCAAACUCACAGAAGCCACCAGAGAGGUCCAGGUGGCUACAGAUGCCGUUGUGGAGGGCGGGGCAGUCGAUCCCCCUCCUCUGGACACAGCGUGGGCCGAGUCGACCAGGAAAAAAGCCCUGCUCAAACUGGAGAAACUGGACACUGACCUGAAGAACUACAAAGGCAACUCCAUCAAAGAGAGCAUCAGGCGGGGUCAUGAUGAUCUUGGGGACCACUACUUGGACUGCGGUGACCUCAGCAACGCCCUCAAGUGCUACUCCAGAGCCCGAGACUACUGCACUAGCGCCAAGCAUGUAAUAAACAUGUGUCUUAAUGUCAUCAAGGUUAGCGUCUACCUCCAGAACUGGUCCCACGUCCUUAGUUAUGUGAGCAAAGCUGAAUCCACUCCAGAGAUAGCAGAGCAACGAGGGGAGAGAGAUUGCCAGAGUCAGUCAGUCCUCACCAAAUUAAAAUGUGCUGCAGGCCUAGCAGAGCUGGCCUCCAGAAAGUACAAACAAGCAGCCAAGUGCUUCCUGCUGGCCUCCUUCGACCACUGUGACUUCGCUGAGCUCCUGUCCCCCAGUAAUGUAGCUGUGUACGGAGGGAUGUGUGCCCUCGCCACCUUUGACAGACAGGAGCUGCAGAAAAACGUCAUCUCAAGCAGCUCCUUUAAAUUAUUCCUAGAGUUGGAACCUCAGGUCCGUGACAUCAUCUUUAAGUUCUACGAGUCAAAGUAUGCUUCCUGUCUCAAAAUGCUGAAUGAGAUCAAGGAUAACCUGCUGUUAGACAUGUACCUGGCCCCCCACGUACAGACCCUCUACACACUGAUCAGGAACAGAGCUCUCAUACAGUACUUCAGCCCGUACGUGUCUGCAGACAUGACUAAGAUGUCCCAGUCCUUCAACACCACAGUGUUGUCUCUGGAGGAUGAACUGACCCAGCUCAUACUGGAGGGACUGAUCAACGCACGUAUAGACUCUCACAGCAAGAUCCUGUAUGCGCGGGAUGUCGAUCAGCGGAGCCACACGUUUGAGAAGUCGAUCCACAUGGGCAAAGAGUUCCAGAGGCGAGCCAAAGCCAUGAUCCUACGAGCUGCCGUGCUGCGCAACCAGAUACACGUCAAGUCUCCUCCCAGAGAGGGAAGCCAAGGCGAACUUAACUCUGCCAACAGCCAAUCACGAAUGAGCACCAACAUGUGAACAUUCCCCUGAGACCUCUGUCUUACAGGAAGUUACCAUGUCAGUGGGUUCCGCCAGGGGGACCUCCACCCCAUCCCUCCAUCUCUGAGGCUCCUCCUCCGACUCAGUGCUGCAUCUGCCUGCUGAAAGAAACAUACAAACUGAAACGUCAACUUUAAUAGGUUGCAACUCAAAUGGCACGUUUAUUCAAUAUAUAGUGCACCAUGUUUGGCCCAUAGAGCUCUGGUCAACCGUAGUGCACUAUAUAGUGAAUAAGGGUGCCGUUUUGGACGUAGCCUAGGACUUUGUUCAUGUGAGAAGUGAACGUGAUCGUCUGUGUAGACUGAAGACUUGAUGAGCAAUCUGUGUGUUAGUGUUAUAGCGGGAAGGCUGCGUGUGUCUGUGUGUGUAUGUGGCGCUCUCUUCUCAGUAGUGUCCUUAUUUUUUCCUUUGUAUGAGAUGCACUUUUCUUCCCUCGCUUUCGUUUUUCUUUCUGAUGACAGACUUUGAAUUCACCCACUGAAGAUUAAACAGAACACGCACAUACCUAAGAACCAAUGUCCACAAGAUCUGAUUUUAAAAUAAAUAUGUAUGAUAAUCAGAAGCUUGGUCAGGACUUUUUGUCGUCUUCUAUCAAUAUGUAUUUUUUUUACAAGUUGCACAAUAAGCCGAUUUCUCACACACACACACACACACACACACACACACAGACCCCUCCUUAACAUUGUUUAUUUAUGACCACUAAAGCACAGAAUGCUGAUACUAAUAAAAACAUUAUUUUUUAGGAAGAUUGCAAUGACUUUCAAUGUUAUGAUUUGAUUUGUUUUAUUCGGAUCCCUAUAGUGACGCCUAGUCUUACUGGGGUCCGACAUAUAACGAAAGACAUUACAGACAAAAGACUUUACAAUUGACAUACAUUUAAAAAGCAUGAACAUGUAGUGAGUGUGCAUCUAUCAGUUGCCGGUGCUUAAUUUGAGCCGGAUCCCGCACUGUUUUGUUCUGGGACAUAUUUGGCUGGAUCCGGUACCUCCUGGUUUGAAAAAUAAUUUAGACUUUUUGCAAUGUAAAAAUUCUAAUAAAAGUGAUCAAAGUUCA